AACAUGGCGGAUCAGAGUCGUGGCCAGUCUCUCAUUGUAGUAUCUCUAGCUUUCUCUGCUGAACGCAGCCAUGUGUAUAAUCUUACUGGAAAACAAUCAUUAUGAAAUAUUUUGCUCUUUUGCAAACUGAAGGCAUACAUCGAUGUUUUCUCUUAUAAUUUCCUUGAUCUUAAAAUUUAUUUAUGAAGAUGGAUCAAGUAUAUAAACUUUACGAUCGUCAGGCAUCAUCAAAGAUUUGCGUAAAGGAUUAUUUUCAGCAAUAUAGUGAAUUAAUAAAAUUAUCGAAAUGUCAUGAAAUAGGCAAACAAAGUGAAGAAAAGAUUUUUCAACUUAUGGAAACUGAUCUUUCACAAGCAAGGAUAGUUUUAAUGAAACAUUAUUGCAGUAUCGAUAAUUUAACAUUGCCAAUAGAAGCUGCUAAUGCAGAAGAACAAGAAAAACAAGGAUAUAUUAACAUAUCUGAAAGAAUUUUAGAUAAUGUUCCAUUAGAAACAAUUAAAGUAUUGAAAAUUUUAUCUAAAGAAGCUUUAAUAAAGCCAAAAUUUCUAAAUGGUAUUCCUAUUAAAUAUGAUAAGUUAAGAUUGUCUAAUAAUAAUUCCAUAAUGCCAAAUGAAGAAUUCUUAGUUUAUGUUAGAGUAUAUGAACCAUUUAAUAGCCAGCCUCGUUCUUUUAAGUAUAGAACAAAUAUACCAGUUCUAAAACUUAAAAGUGUCAUAUCAAUAUUAGGAUGCCAAACUCUUUAUGAAUUACGUCAAAAAAUAAUGUGUCAAUCUGAUUUGUCAAUUACAAAAGAAAUUAGCAAAGAUCCAAAUCAAAAGCCUAGCCUAAUGGCAAAACAUAUCUAUCAAUCAGGAUUUUUUUAUAUUGAAGAUACAUUUUAUAAUGAUACUAGUAUGCCAACUAACAUUGAUUAUAGUAGAGUCAUAUUAGAAUGGGCAGCUGCUCGUGAUAUAGGUCCAUUUAAAAUUGCUACCAUGGAUGCCCAGAUAAAUUCUCUUUGUACAAGAUUUGGCUUUCCAUGGGUGUAUCAACAUCAAGGUUAUUGUGAACAUUUAAUUGUAUUGAGUGAUGCCAGGUUAAUGUCUAUAGAUGAUGUGUUAGCAUUGUCUGCCUAUCCUAGAAUAGAGAGAAUAAGACCUAUCUCUGGAAAAAAUUGUAUCUGUUGUGGCAUUCUUAAUGUACAUUGGAUUAUAACAGAACAUGAUAGAAUACCACAUGAUGUAAGUUAUAUCUGUAAUAGAUGUUUUAUAUCCUAUAAUUAUGUUGAUGGUAAAAAAGUUGGAAACUUCAAGGCAUAUAAUUAUCCUUGUAUACCAGAGUUGAUGUCUAUAAGAAAAUAAAAUAUUUAACAAAA